AUGUUCAAGCGCAUCAUCGUCGUCGCCGGCGAAACAUUGUCGGUCCACGCAUCGUCUUCCAACUCCUCUCCCAGAAUUACGCAUUCUUCAAGAGCGAAGCCCGUGCCAAUACCCCUGAGCGACCACGUCCACCUGAAGAGAACCUCGUGCUCUGAUACAGCAUGCUUGAGGCAUCGAGACAAACAGGGAUCCAGAGAAUCACCCCCCGAUAUUGUUGUGUUGCUGGAGCUCGAUACGGAUCCGAUGUACGCGAAUGGUCUAUUGAAGGAGUGCUGGGAACAAUCCGUGCAGGGAUGCGCCAGAAAGGUCAGGGAUCAUGCCGAUGUGGAGUUCAGAGCUCAUGGAUGGGCGAGUACAGAUAUUGAGGUGUCGUUUCCGAGGUAUACCGUGGAUGAGGACAGGCUCAAUGUUGCUCCGAUUGAUGCUGCGCACAGCGCAACUAUGCCCGAGAGAUAUAUUCCCCAGCCGUGGGCCGACUUCGGUGCUUAAACUACUCUUAAUAUGCUCUGUACCACCGGACCAUUGAAGCCACCUAACAAGGAACAGGACAAAUAAGGUUUUCUGACAGCCAACUUAAUUUCCACGGCGAUGCACAUCUCCAAGGCAAGCCUGACUCGGACCAGGGACCGGGCUGGCAUGACGCUA